CGUUCGACCGACCGAUCGAUCGAGAAUGGCGGGAGGCAAGGGCGCCCUGCUGCUGUGCAUUGCCAUCGUCUUGCUGGCGAUCGGGAAUGGCGGCGCGGAGGCGAGGAAGCAGGGGAAGCAGUCCCUGGGGUUCUACGAGCUGCGGCGGGGCGAGUUCUCCAUGGUCGUCACCAGCUGGGGCGCCACCAUCCUCGCCGUCAGGAUCCCCGACAAGAACGGGCACACCGGCGACGUCGUUCUUGGCUACAAGGACAUCGGAUCUUACGUGAACGACACGACCUACUUCGGCGCGCUGGUGGGUCGCGUGGCGAACCGCAUCGCCGGCGGGCGCUUCACCAUCAGGGACCGCCCCUACCACACGUUCCGGAACGACGGCAACAACACGCUCCACGGCGGCCACCGCGGGUUCAACCAGGUGUUCUGGUCCGUCCGCGAGCGCGUCACCGGCGAGUUCCCGCACAUCACCUUCUCCUACCGCAGCUACGACGGCGAGCAGGGGUUCCCGGGCGCCCUGGACGUGCUCGUCACCUACAAGAUCGACGGCGACUUCUCCUACAGCGUCACCAUGUACGCCCGGCCGCUCGACAAGCCCACCCCCGUGAACCUCGCGCAGCACACGUACUGGAACCUCCGCGGCCACGGCAACGGCACCGUCCUUGGCCACGCCGUCCAGAUCUUCGCGUCCGCGGUGACGCCUGUCGGCGGCGGCCUCAUCCCGACGGGCGCCGUCACGCCCGUCGCCGGGACGCCCUUCGACUUCCGGGCCCCCGCGGCGCCAGGCGCGCGCAUCGCGGAGGUGGAGGGCGGGUACGACAUCAACUUCGUGCUCGACGGCGCGGCGGACGGGCAGGGGGUGCGCAAGGUGGUGGUGGUGAGCGAGCCGGACUCCGGCCGCGUGAUGGAGCUGUGGGGGGACCAGCCCGGGCUGCAGUUCUACACCGGCAACUUCCUCAAGGGCGACGUGGGCAAGGGCGGCGCCGUCUACGCCAAGCACGGCGGGAUGUGCCUGGAGACGCAGGACUACCCGGACGCCGUGCACGAGCCGGGGUUCCCCCGCGAGGUGUACCGCCCGGGGCAGGUGUACAAGCACUACAUGCUCUACAAGUUUUCGCUCAAAAAAUAGAUGCGGCGUGCGUGCUAGGAUUCGAGUAAGGAGUUCUUGAAACUUGAUCGUCUGUAAUUUAGCAGGCUUCGCCUCUGUUUAGCUUAGAAGUUGCAAGGAAGAUAUAUAUGGCUCAAAUGUGUGCAAAAUUCGUCAG